UGCUAGUGUGCACAGGUCAAAGAAAAAGCGGCAGGUGGGGAAGGCAGCCGUGGGCCCUGAAAGAGCUGACCGAAUUGGCAGAAUUUCUGAAGGAGGGGAACUGGGAACGACCUGAGCUAAAGCUCGGAGCUGUGAGAAGAAACCGGAAAAGCCCGGAGCACUUGCAGGGGCCGCUUUUCUCAGCCUAGCCCAGCAUCACUAUGGUGGACGCUUUCCUGGGCACCUGGAAGCUAGUGGACAGCAAGAAUUUCGAUGACUACAUGAAGUCAAUCGGAGUGGGUUUUGCUACCAGGCAGGUGGCCAACAUGACCAAGCCUACCACAAUCAUCGAAAAGAACGGGGACAUUCUCACCCUAAAAACACACAGCACCUUCAAGAACACAGAGAUCAACUUCAAGCUGGGGGUGGAGUUUGAUGAGACAACAGCAGAUGACAGGAAGGUCAAGUCCAUUGUGACACUGGAUGGAGGGAAACUUGUUCACCUGCAGAAAUGGGACGGGCAAGAGACGACACUUGUGCGGGAGCUAAUUGAUGGAAAACUCAUCCUGACACUCACCCACGGCACUGCAGUUUGCACUCGCACUUAUGAGAAAGAGGCAUGACCUGACUGCACUGUUGCUGACUACUACUCUGCCAAUCGGCUACCCCUCGACUCAGCACCACAUUGCCUCAUUUCUUCCUCUGCAUUUUGUACAAAUCCAUGAAUUCUUCUGAGGUCAGGUGCCACUGGCCAGGAUCCAGUUCCAGUUCCCAUUGUGUACGUGUGUGUGUGUGUGUGUUUUUUUUUUUUAACUGCACUCACAGGGUGCUCUGAGGUCAAUAAAGCAGAGCCAAGACCACCCAGUUGCCUUUUUGCCUUUGGUAACAUAACUCUGAGAGUCUUGGUUUAUCCUGUGUGUUAGACAGUGGGCAGAAAUAGCUGCCUGAAGGUUACUCAGGAAGAAGCACUCGAUGGGAGACUGAAAUGGACAGUCUCGGAGCCUGUUAAUCAGCUGAUCACCUUACACAUUCAAUAAUAAAACAGCUGUACCUACGCUUUGCCUUUACACUGCCCCCCUCAACAUGGUCAAAUGACCUAGUUCAGUCAGUGAUGGGGUUUCCCCAGGUUUGGCUACUGACCUGUCACUUCAGGCCCAUCCUACACUGAAAGCUCUUGGGUCUGGCUGUUCUCUGUGAAACGCUAUAGUCUCUCCCUUUCCAGAAUUCAGUUUCAGGGCAUAGAACCCAGGCUUAAACCAUGGUGGUGGGAGAAAAUGACCACUGGCCAAGAGGAAUGCUGACCUGUGCACCAGGCUAGUACUCAUGACUACAAAUUCUUACUGCUUCUCUAAUCAACUCUGAGGGAAGAGGGCAUCUGAUUAUUAUAAAAGGGAGGGCUUAUAACUGAUCUCCCAAGAAGGCUGUGAUCUGCUAGUGCCUUUGGCUCUGUACCUCUGCUGGGCAUCUCUCCAAGGUCUAAGGUAACAUAUUAAAUGUUUUUGUCAGCUAAUGCAGGCUCAGUGACUUUAAGUCUGUAAGUUACCCAGGAAGAAGGAUUAUAGGAAAAAUAACUUUCGGUAAGUUUAAAACCAAACACAUUUCCAUUUAGUGACAGGAAUUUAAGCAAGGACCUGAAGUAGAAUCAACUGAUUCACACAGUAGUAAAUACAAAGUAGAACAAUGAUCUUGGCUUCGCUGUCUGGUUCAGUCAUCUGCUGGAAUGCAAUACGCAAGUUAAGUCACACUGCAGACUGUUUUCUAGCUGUGGCCGCUGGAUGCCACUUCUAGCAUAGAACUAUGUUAGGAGGAAUGGGAGAAGUGAGCACCACUUCUCACCAUGUUCCCCCUCCUGCUGCCAGUCUCUCUCUGCUCCCAUGUUGGAUGCAGGAGACAUCACCCACCAAUCGGCCCAGGACAGACCAAUAGUAAGUGUCCAAUCACUCUUCUCUAACUACAGUCGAACUCACCUCCACAACAGUCUCUGUGGCUCUAGCCUGGACUCCUUUACAGGAAUCCAGCUCUGGCAGUGGCAGCUGGAGAGGGUAAUAGGACCUCCUGCUGAAUGAAGAAGUUGGGCAAAUGAAUGGGUGAGCUGCAGGGUUCACUUGCAAAAGGACCAGGAGUGACAAGGAAACAACAACUCAUUCAGGCAGCUGCUUUUGACCUCUAACUCCCAAACCUGCCUGUUGCAUGAGGGGAAGCCAUCUCCCAUGGAAGCAAAGUUAAUGGGGUGGGAGGCUACAUUCUCACUAUUGAGUCUUUCCAGGAGUCUCAAGGAAUAAGGCUCCUGGUUCCUUACUCUCAACCACCCCCUACACUCUUUCUGCUCUCACUCCUUGUGCUUCUUCUUGUGCUUCUUCUUCUUUUUCUUCUUCUUUGCUGCCUUGCUGUCUUUUGAUGUGUGCCUUGCCCUCUUGCCUGUAUCACUCUCAGAGUCUGAGCUGUCAGAGUCAGAUGACUUCUUAUCUCUAUGUUUCUUUUUCUUCUUUUCCUGAAAAGAAAAUUUUAAAAAUCAA